AUAUAAAUAUUAGUGAUUUAUAAAUAAAAGCAGAAGAUAAUAAUGUUAAAACUGAUAUGUGUGCUGUGUAUAGUGACCACUUGUGUGUUGACAGAAGAAUUUUCGGAAGAAGAAAUCUUAUUGGCGAUAAGGAAGCUACUAUACGACUUCUCAACGCAACUCUUAGACCGAGUAUAUUUUGAAAAUGCUGGACAUUUCGUCUAUUCACCCAUGUCUACAUGGCUACAGCUCAUUUCCCUACCUGAAAUCAAGAUGAAAAUUCCUGAAGACAUUUGGCAAGUCACUGGGUUAAUUGCGGAGAAUAAUAAAACAUGUUACAGAAGUAUAUUAAGAGAGAUUAUAAACAGUUGUGAUGAUAAUUUCCCUCUUGAUUCUGAUAGAAGUAUUGUAAGAUUCGUAGAUAAAUCUUACAGAGUGAAUAAAAAGUUUAAAAGCGAAGUGGAAGCAUUGAUUGAAAGUAAAGCAAUAACUGUAACUACUGAUAAUCCUGAAGACUUCACCACAGCAUUGAAUGAGGAAACAUUACAAGAAAAUGUCGAGGUGAUGCACUCAUUUACAGAUUUUUCUGACAGCUAUCUGCAUAUGACCGACGCAGCUUAUCUUAAAGGGACUUGGAGGUAUCUAUUUAAUAAUAAGGAAACAAAGCUAACAGAUUUUUUCUCCUACACUGGAAUGGCUAUAGGAAAAGUGAAUAUGAUGAACCAAAUAGGAUACUUUAACUAUGCUGAAAUGCCGUUAAUAAACGCAAACGUUCUGGAGCUAUCUAGUAUAGACGAGAGGAUGUCUUUGCUUAUAUAUCUGCCUAUAAACGAUGAGAUAGUUGAUUUGUUUUAUUUGAUGCAAAAAACGACAAUGUCUCGAAUUUUAUAUGAACUGAAAAAUAGUGAAAAUGUGGUCAACGUAUCUUUGCCAAAGUUUGAAAUGCUAACUGAAAUGUCGAAUAUUCGAGAACUUCUUUACGAUAUGGGGAUCACGAACAUUUUUGACACCAAGGCUCAAUUUCGGGGAAUAAGUGAGUCAUUAGACGUCUCGCUCCUGAUGCAGUUGGUGGCCAUAGAAGUGACAGAGAAAGAUGUAUCGGCUAGUUCGGGACCGGAGACUGUUAAAACAUUUUCGACAGAUGUUAAUCAAUGUUCGAAACGGUCUUUAAAGGAUGAUAUUCCUAAAACUAGCACGACUAAAGAUGACACUCCUAAAAAUGAUACUUAUAUACGUCUAGUUACUUCUACAGACGCCAGUUUUACAGAUACCACUUCUAUAGAUGCCACUUCUAAAGAUGUCACUUCUACAGAUGACAUUUCAAUAGAUGCCACUUCUACAAACGCCAGUUUUACAGAUGCCACUUCUAUAGAUGCCACUUCUACAGAUGUCACUUCUACAGUUGUCAAUACUCUAGAGGAUAAUUUUGCAGACGCCACUUCUACUGUUGCCACUUCUACUGUUGCCCCUUCUACAGACGCCACUUCUACUGUUGCCCCUUCUACAGAUGCUACUUCUACAGAUGCCACUUCUACUGUUGCCACUUCUACUGUUGCCCCUUCUACAGACGCCACUUCUAGAGACGCCACUUCUACAGAUGCCACUUCUACUGUUGCCACUUCUACUGUUGCCCCUUCUACAGACGCCACUUCUAGAGACGCCACUUCUACAGAUGUCACUUCUACUGUUGCCACUUCUACUGUUACCACUUCUACAGACGCGACUUCUACAGAUGCCACUUCUACAGAUGCCACUUCUACAGAUGCCAUUUCUACUGUUGCCACUUCUACAGAUGCCAUUUCUACUGUUGCCACUUCUACAGACGCGACUUCUACAGAUGUCACUUACACAGAAGCCACUGAGAGAGACGACACUUUUACAGUCACUUCUAUAGAGGAUAUUUCUACUGAUGCCACUUCUACGGACGAAGAUUAUAUAAAUGACGCUUCUAAAAAAUAUAUCGCCGAAGAGUACGCUCCCAUACAGUUUACCGCUAACAGACCCUUUGGAUUUACUAUUGUGGAAAAAAAGACUAAAAUAAUUUUAUUUGCUGGAGUGUAUUCUGAACCUUCUGUGAUAAAAUUCAUAACAUGUGUACUGUGUGUAGUGACCAGUGUGUUAACAGAAGAAUGCUCAGAAGAAGCGACAUUACUAGCCGUAAGGAAGCCACUAUACGACUUCUCAGUACGGUUCCUGGACAGAGUAUAUUUUGAAAAUGCCGGACAUUUUGUCUAUUCACCCAUGUCUACUUGGCUACAGCUCAUUUCCUUAGCUGAAGGGGCCAGGUUGAAAAGUCUUAAAGAAAUUUGGAAAGUCACUGGAUUGACUGGAUAUAGAAGGAAGACAUGUUAUAGAAGAACUUUGAGGAAUAUCUUGAACAACAUGGAUGAAAACUUGACAUUUGACUCUGAGAGGAGUAGUGUUAUAAUCGUAGACAAGUUUUAUAGAGUGAAGAAAGCUUUUAAACGUGAAGUGGAAGCCUUGAGUCGCACUAGAGUACUCUCUUUGAACUUCAAUAGACCUGAAGAAUCUGCGAAAGCAGCUAAUAAAGUGCUGGAAGAACAAAUAGGCAAGCAUUUCGAAGAGUUAGUGUUACCUGAAGAUUUUACAGACAGCAGACUUCUAAUGACUGAUGCUGCGUAUUUCAAAAGUGCUUGGAGGCAUCCUUUUAACUACGCGCACACAAAACUAGCGGAAUUUUACUCCAACAACGGAAUAGAAGUUGCAGGGAAAGUGAACAUGAUGCACCAAAUAGGAUACUUUAACUAUGCUGAAAUUCCGUUAAUAAACGCUAGAGUUUUGGAGCUGCCGUGUACAGACGAGAGGAUAUCAAUGCUCAUAUAUUUGCCUUUAAAAGACAACAUCCUAGAUCUAUUUUACUUGAUGCAAGAGACGACAUUGUCUGGAAUUCUGAACCAAUUGAAAAUCGAGGGCGAAAUUCCAGUUAACAUAUCUCUGCCAAGAUUUGAAAUAGUGAGUGAAAUGUCCAAUAUACGAGAGCUACUUUACGAUAUGGGGAUUACGAAAAUUUUCUAUCCGAAUAGUGUUCAGUUGAGAGGGAUAAGUGACUAUUCACUGGACGUCUCCCUCAUGACUCAGGUAGUAGCCAUAGAAGUGACAGAGAAAGAUGUUUCAGCCAGCUCGGGACCCGAGAAUGUUAUAGAAGAUCUUCCUUUAGACUUUAAUGCCAACAGACCAUUUGGUUUUACUCUCGUCGAUAAGCAGACUGAAAUAAUUUUAUUUGCUGGAGUAUAUUCUGAACCUUCUGUGUAUUGAUAUUAGUAAGUUUCAGUCAUUAAAUUAUUAUGUAGGUACUAAAUUGGUACUUAUUAUAUCAUCUUGUACAGUU